CAAGCGGUGGCGGGAAGGAGGCGGGGGGAGCGGGCCCGGACCCCGGCUCGGGCAGAGCCAGCUGGGGAGGCGGAGCGCGCGUGGGAGCCCGGGGCCCCAGCGGCCGGCCUCCUCCCGCCACGGCUCAGUGCCCGCGCUGCCUUCCCGCCGGUCCGCUGAGAAAGGCGCUAAGCCCGCGGCAGCCCCCUCGCCGCCGCCUCCUGCCCCGCGCGCAUUUAACCCGCUACCCGCAGCCCAGCCUGGAGGCAGCCGUGCCGCCCGGCCCUCCGCGACGCCAGCGCCCGGUCAGGAGCAGAAUGAGCAGCAGUGCCAGGGAGAUGGCCCAGUCCCCGUCCUCCUCCCCCGGCGAGGGAACCACCUUCGAGCACCUAUGGAGUUCUCUAGAGCCAGACAGCACCUACUUUGACCUUCCCCAGCCCAGCCGAGGGAGCAGUGAGGCCGCUGGCAGCGAGGAGACCAGCAUGGAUGUCUUUCACCUGCCAAGCAUGCCCUCCUCAGUCAUGGCCCAGUUCAAUUUGCUCAGCAGCGCCAUGGACCAGAUGGGUAGCCGCGCGGCCCCAGCCAGCCCCUACACCCCAGAGCACGCUGCCAGUGCGCCCACCCACUCGCCCUACGCGCAGCCCAGCUCCACCUUCGACACCAUGUCUCCGGCGCCUGUCAUCCCUUCCAACACUGACUACCCUGGUCCCCACCACUUCGAGGUCACCUUCCAGCAGUCAAGCACAGCCAAGUCGGCCACCUGGACGUACUCCCCACUUCUGAAGAAGCUGUAUUGCCAGAUUGCUAAGACAUGCCCCAUCCAGAUCAAGGUGUCCACACCACCCCCCCCAGGCACGGCCAUCCGGGCCAUGCCAGUCUACAAGAAGGCAGAGCACGUGACUGACAUCGUUAAGCGCUGCCCCAACCAUGAGCUUGGCAGGGACUUCAAUGAAGGACAGUCUGCGCCGGCCAGCCAUCUGAUCCGUGUAGAAGGCAACAGCCUCUCCCAGUAUGUGGAUGACCCUGUCACCGGCAGGCAGAGUGUGGUUGUGCCCUACGAACCCCCACAGGUGGGAACAGAAUUCACCACCAUCCUGUACAACUUCAUGUGUAACAGCAGCUGCGUGGGGGGCAUGAAUCGGAGGCCCAUCCUCGUUAUCAUCACCCUGGAGACCCGGGAUGGACAGGUACUGGGCCGCCGGUCUUUCGAGGGUCGCAUCUGUGCCUGUCCUGGCCGUGACCGCAAAGCUGAUGAGGACCACUACCGGGAGCAACAGGCCCUGAAUGAGAGCGCCACAAAGAAUGGGGCUGCCAGUAAACGUGCAUUCAAGCAGAGCCCCCCUGCCAUCCCUGCCCUGGGUACCAAUGUGAAAAAGAGGCGACAUGGGGACGAGGACACAUUCUACAUGCAUGUGCGAGGCCGGGAGAACUUUGAGAUCUUGAUGAAAGUCAAGGAGAGUCUGGAACUGAUGGAGCUUGUGCCGCAGCCUCUGGUCGAUUCCUAUAGGCAGCAGCAGCAGCAGCUCCUGCAGAGGCCGAGUCACCUGCAGCCUCCAUCCUACGGGCCUGUCCUCUCCCCGAUGAACAAGGUACACAGUGGCGUCAACAAGCUGCCUUCCGUCAACCAGCUGGUGGGCCAGCCACCCCCGCACAGCUCGGCAGCUGGGCCCAACCUGGGGCCCAUGGGCUCCGGAAUGCUCAACAGCCACAGCCACGGCAUGCCGGCCAACGGCGAGAUGAACGGAGGCCACAGCUCCCAGACCAUGGUUUCCGGAUCUCACUGCACCCCGCCACCCCCUUACCCUGCAGACCCCAGCCUCAUCAGCUUUUUAACAGGACUGGGGUGUCCGAACUGUAUCGAGUGUUUCACCUCCCAGGGGCUGCAGAGCGUCUACCACCUGCAGAACCUCACCAUAGAGGACCUCGGGGCCCUGAAGAUCCCUGACCAGUACCGAAUGACCAUCUGGAGGGGCCUGCAGGACCUGAAGCAGAGCCACGACUGCGGUCAGCAGCUGCUGCGCUCCAGCAGCAACUCAGCCACCAUCUCCAUCGGUGGCUCUGGCGAGCUGCAGCGACAGCGGGUCAUGGAAGCCGUGCACUUCCGAGUGCGUCACACCAUCACCAUCCCCAACCGCGGAGGCCCGGGUGGAGUGACAGGCCCCGACGAGUGGGCAGACUUUGGCUUUGACCUGCCUGACUGCAAGUCUCGUAAGCAACCCAUCAAAGAGGAGUUCACAGAGACAGAGAGCCACUGAGGAGCGUGCCUUCUCCUCCCUUCCUCCGUGAGAAGCUGUCCUGGGGAGGCUGUGCCCACAGACGCAGCCAGGGCCUCCUGCCGACGGGAUGUGGCUCAUGAACUAAACUGCCCUACCUACAUGUCCAUGGGGCCUGGCUGUGGGCUGAGACAGGGGCUGCCCUUUUGUGGGCGGGUGUGUCAGUCCCCAUCCUCUACUCCCCUUCUUUCUUGAGGACUCUGCCAGCUCCAGGACAGAGCGAGAUCCCCUCUCUCACUUAGCCACCGGUACUCCAGCCCUUUCCGGUUCCCGAGAGCUGCGGGCAGCUGGGCCACCGUGUCUUCUGCGCCAUCUGCAGGCUGAUUCCACUGUCUUGAAGGUGAAGUCAGUCUGGGCCAGACGUCCUCUAUAGGAUGUGGAGAAGGAUCUGUCCCUGUGCCAUUCUGCUGUUCUUGAUGAGAACAGGUCAGAGUCUCAGCUGCUGGGGUUGGGGGAGACCGGCAGAGCAGAGGGAGCGUCUGCCAUCAGCCUCCGCCCAGCAUCCCAAACAUGCUGGCCACAGCCGCCUCUAGGGACCCCUCUGGGCAUUCAGAGGGACCGAGUAAGACUCAGACUGCUGAGAAUUAAAUUGUCAAUAUUUGAUAAAACGUUACUCUUUCUACCUGGUGGGUCGGCUUGCUUUUUUCCUCCUCUAACUUUCCCAGCAUUCCUCUCUGAGAACUUAGUGUAUCACUGGCUUUUCCAUCCACACUUGUCAACAAGUCUGAGAAAAGUGUCAAGCCAGGGAGGGCUGGAUGCAGACAAGCCUUAGAGAGUGCAGGAAUGGGAGGGCAGGCCGUAGCCCAGCUGGGACAGGAACGUCUGUUCUCCCCAGGCCGAGUGCUCAGAGUCUCCUCCCUGGGGGUAGACCUGGGGCAGCUGCUGCCCCCCCCCCCCCGGGCCUUCACCAUGCACCCCAAGGAGUGAGUGGGGUUGAGGGAGGGAGGGCCCUCUCUACCUGCCAGAAACUCUCUCAACUUGUGCAAGACGAGCCCCAGGCAGGCCCUGCCAGGAGUGGAGGACCAGAAGGGAGCCCGGCGCCGGGAAGCCCAGCAGGCUGCCAGGGAUCUGGGGAGCCAUUCCUUGCAGGCCUGGCUUUCAUUAGAGUGGCUCAACAGAGGCAGGGAGGCCCAGGAAAGGACGAUAGAAUCAGCACUCCCAGGGCUGCCUCCUGCAAGCGCAAGGGCAGAUGCUUCUAGCUGUAGCGGGCUGUAAACCACCCAUACCAAGCUUCAUGAGACUGAAGGGCAGGGUUUGGGCACACUUGGGUGCAGGCAUCAUAUUGCCAGUGGCCAGGGAUGACCAUGAAGGCCCUUCCAACUGGUUAACAACCUAGCCUCUGGGGGUCCCAGAAUAUUAGGCUUGCACCAGAUGGGCCGUAGCAGCUGCAGCAUCAGGCUUAGAGCUUCCUGGGGACAGGGUGUGGCCAUCCCGGCAUGUUAACACACCUCACAAAGCCUGAGGGUGAGGACACACUUCUUGUUGUUGUACAGAUGAGGAAACUGAGGCAACACAGACUGAAUUCCUUGCCUCAGGCUUCAGCCCCUGGCAGAGGUGGGUGCUUACCCCUGAGGCACAUACUGCCUCAUCAUGCUACCUCAGGAGUCCUGCAGCACAUCCUUGCUUCUAGGCCUGUAACCCCACUGAGAUGUGCUUGAGUUCUGGGAGUAUGUUCACAAGAGUUCACAAGACUAUGUCUCGGGCAUUGUCCAUGGGGGCCUGUCCGAAGGACCCCACCACAUGCUCCUGGGAAGGCUUAACAGGAGUGGCUUAAAGGUGGCUGUCACCAGACAUCUGAGGAAGGAAGAGCCCCUCUCCGGUAAGGACCCAGAGCUGAGUGUCUCCCCAGACCCCAACUCAAGUGCCAGAGCUGUCCUGUGAGCCUCCAGGAUCCUGAUACGCUCCGGGGGAGCUUUUAAGGACCAUUUGUCAGAAAGUAAAUGUCACAGGAUCAAGCCUUGCCACAGCUGUGAGCACGUGUAGCUCCAGGAACCAGGCUUUGAGUCUGAGCCAAACUUUGUUCUGCAAAACACAGGGAGCAAGAGGAAGCAAAGCCUUCAGUCACCAGCUUUCCUAGGAGCACUGAAGCGGUGGUCUGAAAGUGAGUUUGGGGGUGUCCGAGAAGACACCUGUUGAAAAGGGCGGUACCUCAAGGCUGGACAAGCAGGCCGCUCCAGCCUCAGCCCCUGUGGUCCCAGGAAGCUAGCAGCAUCCAACUAGCAGCAGCUCUACUUACCAUGCUGGCGCUGUGCACCACUCCUGGCAGCUCUGCCUGGGCCUGCUUUGUGGGCACACUGAGUUUGUGGCGCCAGCACCCAACCCCUGUGCAAGAACCCUUCGAGGAUCAAAAGGCUGUCAGAGGUCAGAGGCUACUCUGAACAGCAUUUCAGGCAGAAGACAAAAAAAGAAACCAAACUGUCCAUGCCUCAAUGUGAUGAAAUGCUUCUGGGCAGUAUCGAUGGGUGUAGUCCAAUGAUACUAUUAACUGUUUUGGGUAAUGUCAUCUUAGAAAAAUGUGUUAUUUUUUUAGCUGUGUUUUGGUGGGAUUUUUGUCUUUGUAAUU